AUGAGAGCACCUGACUCGUUCCGGGACCCGGGACUCUGGUGCGACUUCCAUCAUGAUCAUGGCCACAAAAGUGAAGACUGCGUCGCCCUGAAGAUCGAGAAAGCCAAGGCUCAUCAUAGCAAAGAAGCAUCAGGGAAAUCCAAAGGAGACACACCAAGCUCACCACCUCGCCAGGACCGAGUGAUUCAUGUAAUCUCAGGAGGCUCUGAAGUAAGUGGCGUGAGUCAUGCAGCUGCAAAGAAGAGCACCCGUAAUACUAAACACGGCAAGGAGACUGCUCAACCUAAACGCCUACUUCUUGGUACCGACGAGAUAAGCUUCACCGCCAAGGAGCAAGAGAAGAUAUUGGCUCCCCACCAUGACGCUCUAGUUGUCUCUCUCACCAUAGCGAACUGUUUGGUGAAAAGAAUACUAGUAGACAACGGGUCCUCCAGUAACAUCAUCUUCCUGACGGCGUACCAAGACCUAGGGUUAGAGGAGAAUACCCUGACUUGCAAAGUAACUCCACUCAUCGGGUUCAGCGGCGAGGUCAAGCAAACCGCUGGGGAGGUUGUUCUGCCAGUAUAUGCUGAAGGGAUCAACCUAUCUACCAAAUUCCUGGUCGUGGACUGCCAAUCGGCAUACAACAUGAUCUUAGGACGACCCAGGAUUCACGACAUGGGAGCAGUCCCCUCAACCCUCCAUCAAAUAGUGAAGAUCCCUACACCCUGGGGCAUCAGAGCAAUCCGAGGAGACCAGGAGAAUUUUAGGUCCUGCUACCAGACCACCUUAAAAGGAAAGACCAAGGUCUUAUAG